AUGCCGAGGCAAGUCUCACAGAGCGCAAUGGAGGAAGCGUGGAAGACGCAGACGCCCAUCCUGGAGAAGCUAACUUGCGAUGCAAUGCUUGUCAUACUUGAAAUGAAUGGCAUCACUCUAAAGAAACAGGGAAGGAUCAGGAGAAAGUUCAAAAGACUUGUCCAUCCAGACGUAGUCCAGGCAUUCGACCUACAGUCGAAUGAAUUACUUGCUUUAUCUAAGGACGAUAUUUCGAAACAGUUGCUGGAAAAGCAAAUGAUGCGCCAAAAGCAAAUGAUGCGCCAAAUGACGGUGGAAGACCGUCGUAAUUUGGAAAAACUAGACUACCACAAGGCACGUUGGCGAUGGAUCAAGGAUGACUUUCUGUCUCGUGGGUUGGUAACUACUUUUUCGCAGCCUGAGUGCUUCCAACAGCCGGUACCCGGUGCUAAAAUGAUAGUGAAGUUGAACGUACCCGGUGCUAAAAUAAAGGUGGUGAAGUUGAACGUUCCAGAGCAGAAUAGGCAACAAAGUAAUAGUAUGCUACCGUCGGUUACCAAACCGGCAAACUUGGUAACUCCUGAAACGCCGGAAUUUGCGGUCGGUCUUGUUGCAGAGUUGGUAACACCUCGACCUCCGAGUACUGACCGGGGAACGUUGACAACACAUCCACUUCCACUUGUGGAUGCAGACGAUAAUCAUUUGCUGCCUACGGAUUACAUGGAGGAUCGAGGAUACUUCAAUACCGACUGGGGAACCUUGGCAACAAUUGAACGAUCGGCACCAGUGUCAACCUCUUACUCCUACUGCACAAUUGAACGACGAGAUAAAUCAGUCGAGACAUCAGUUCUGAGCUCUUACUCCUACUCCACGAGUGAACGACCAGACGAUCCAGUCGAGACACCACCGGAAGAAACCAUUGAGUCUUUUUUCACACCGGAACAAUUUGACAACGCAAUGCAAGAAGAAGGUUCGGUUUAUCAUUCACCCCAAAUGGGAGGUAGACUUAUCUUCGGUGCGGACGAAGAAACAAGUUCACUGGGAGAUACACUGGGAGAUACGGUUCUGUCGGAAGGGGAAGAAACUGAAGAAGAAAGGAAAUUGGAGCUGUUGGAUCAGUUUGCAAUUCCAGUCAAGCGUCUCCUUUUGCAAACUUUGUGUGCCGAGGGGGGAACUAUAGAUUCCAAUACGGUACUGGCAGCCGACUGCAACGACGGGGAGGUUCAUUCCUGCUUUCAGAAGCAGUUUCAUGCACUCGGUGUGCACGAUCUGGAAAAACUUUUGGAAGAUCCCUGUCACGUUCCAACUGGGAUGGUACUGGCUCGAAACGCCGUUGAGCGAGAACACCAAAGGGAGAAACAACAAUUGAAGGAACAACGACAAAAGGAGAGGGCACUGCACACACAAAAGACAAAACUUACGAAUAUGAGGAAACGUCUGGAGAGAGAGGGAAGUCCUUAUCGACAGAUUGUGGAUACUAUUCACACCGUGUUCGGUAAGCAGGGAACAGAACUGGCACAUAAUGGAAGUUCGACCUAUGCCGAAGUGACCAAAGAAACGAUCACAGGAAUUGUGGACAUGCUCAAGGAUCACCACAAGUAUAAAGAAGACGACUGCCUCUUUGAUGCUGGUAGUGGCAUCGGUACUAUGGUGUUUCGAAUGUCGGUUGAGUUGCAGUGUCGUGCCUUGGGUAUUGAGUACUGCAACCACCGUACAUUCCUUGCUGCCCAUGCCGCUAUUAAUUUGUUUGCAGAGUACAGGCUCGACGAACGGUUCAACCAAGGAACGAUGCUUGCUCUGGGAGAUCUGUAUAACCUCCAACAGAUACCUAAGCAAGUCACAACAUUGAUAAUGUACGACGAGGCGUUUCCUCCCGGAUUGAUGCUCCACAUGGCAGAUCUCAUCCAGGCAGCCCCGCCCAAUCUCCAAUUUGUUGUAUCCGCAAAGGUCAACAGAGAGAGUUGCUACUCCCAGCUCUUAAUCGACGCAGGAUUAACAGAGCUGGGCAAUGUCAAAGGAAGCAAAACGAACAAUGGUGGAGCGACCACAUUUACUCUGUUCAAACGCCUGGAACCCCAAACGAACAAAGAUGGAGGGUCCGCAGCUCCGGCAACCGCGUCAGUGUCGCCUGUGCCUGAGAAGGAGACACUCCAUCUGCAGAUCGAAGGAGAGCUCGAAAGAUUCACGGUGGGGGGUUCCUACGAAUCAAGAUUGAAGUACUAUGAGGCACUGAAAGCCUCAACUCAGAAAACUAUGCAGCGGGAAAAGAAGCUACGCAAACUGCAUAGCAAGAAACGAGAGAAGAAGCAUUGCCUAUGUGCUGCUCAAGCGAUGUGCGAGGCAAAAUGCAUCGGAUGUGAGGAAUACUUCGCUCAUAUCUCCGAAGAUGAGCUCACAUCCAAAAAAGUUACUUGGCUACCAAACCAACAGGGCCUUUUCUGUAAGACGAAGUUGAACAAGGACCAAUUCGUCGUCGAGUACGCUGGGAGAAUCAGGAAGACAACAAGCACCGACUGCGAUCGGUACGUACUGUGUUUCGAUGGGAAGCGCAUCAACGCCAGGGGAUAUGGAAUCCAGCAGUUCGUGAACCAUAGCUGCAAUCCGAACUGUACCCUUACUAAGUGGACAGAUGAGUACGGAAAGUCCAGAGUCUCCAUCAGGACCAAGAGCAACAUUCCAUCCGAAACAGAACUGACGGUCGACUACGGUAGCGAAAGGGAGCCCUUCGACUGUAUCUGCGCCCGUUGUCGCCCCAUCACAAAAACGGUGAUGUGGUUCGGGAUGACGGGAACCACCUUUGAAAGUAUGAAAGUAGACAGGCCCAGUAUCACGCUGGGGAGGUCUGGGAAAAAAAAAUGGUUGGCCGACUUCUGUAGUCGGAACGGCAAUAAAUUGGGUAAACAGGAUGCCCGCGAUUUCCUCCGCAUAUCGGCUGCGAGGUGGAAGAAAACAGAGGUCUACUCGGUAUCGAUUCAAACAAUCGACGAAAUCGAGAUGCUGAAUCGAGACCCAGUCUUCCACAACAACUGUGACUGGAAUUCCCCAGAUUGUCUGGCCAAGAUCGUAGGGAAAGUGGACGUGGUUGAGUGCGACUGGGUUUGGAUGCCGGCAUCCUACCUAUCGGAUUGCUUGAAGAAUGGGUUUUUUACUAAGGUGAUUCCGGAGCUGAUCAAAUGUCAUCUUGCGCCUGGUGGUUACAUUUUGUUACCACUCCAAAUCCCCAUCCUCGACCGAGUAUUGGCCCACCAGAAUGAGGGCAAAUAUUCAGUAACUUUGCUGACAGAACAAGAAGCGACGAAACUUAGCCCUUUGUUACAGGCCACGCACGAGCUACAGGCCAUCAUGACCGACAAAGAAACUAGGAGGGUUAUGGGCAAAGCAAAACAGCAGCUGGAUCAGUACGCUGGUAUUGAAAGCCUAUCGGUGGUAGAUCAGACGGUCUCCUCUGCUAUCGACGUCAAGGAUUUCCUAAAUAACUACGCUGAAGAGAAUGGCGACAUUGGGAAGCUAAGAUUCAUUUGCAUCAAAAGCAAACAGCCCAGUAAAAGCAGUCAGGCCGCUGGUAUCGAAAUAAAGCAGAGGAGCAAAAGAAAGCAGACGACAAAACCAACCGCUGCUGGCAAAAGGAAGGGUGUUCCGACAACGGAACCGGUGAAGGCGACAACUUCUGGUGCCAAACGAAACAAAAGGGCUGCAGGCAAAAGAAAGCAGACAACAAAACCAACCGCUGCUGGCAAAAGGAAGAGUGUUCCGACAACGGAACCGGUGAAGAAAACAACUUCUGGUGCCAAACGAAACAAAAGGGUGGUCGCUGCGGUCGUGGAGCAAUCAACCAAAGCCAAAACCAAGAUUUCCGUUGCCGCAACAGCUAGAAGCCGGAAGGCUCCAGGUUGUACCCCAAGAGAAAUGCGGUUGAAAGCCAAAGUGCUAGGGUAG